UCAGUGCCUAGACUUUGCAGCUCUGGUGCCUCAGAAUAUAGAGGCUCUCAGUGGAUCUUGUGUGGCCAUUCCCUGCUCAUUUACACUGGGAUCUGGAUAUGAGUCGUCCCUCACAGCUUCAUGUAAAGGAAUAUGGAGGAAAGGAUGGAGAAGAGUACACGUGUUUGAUUCUAGUCUCACAGGAACAGGCUUAAACACCAUUCAAGGGAAUCUAACUGGGAACUUGCAGCAGAAGGAAUGCACCACAAUCCUGAAUGACUUUACAUCUUAUUUCAAUGACUACUAUUGUUUCAGACUUGAAUGUGACAAUGGUCUGAAAUAUAAUUUUCCAGGACGUGUCACAAUUGAUGUAAAAGAGUAUCCAUCCAAACCCACUCUAAGUCCAGCAACAGUGGAUGUGAUGGAGGGGACCUCAGUGAGUUUGAUCUGCUCUGCCGCAGCCCCCUGUCCCUCACUCCCUCCAACUCUGACAUGGACCCCCACACUGAGUGACAGUGUGGAGGAUUUGCAGGAGACUCCGAAUCGAGUCAUAACUUCUCUCCUGAACUUUACCGCUUCACAUGUCCACCAUGGAGAGAAGAUCUCGUGCACUGCGCUGUACCAACGACAAGCUGGCAAGAGUGAUAAAUCAUCAGAAACUUAUCUGACAGUCACUGUUCUUUACUCUCCCAAGAACACCUCAGUGUCAGUCAGUCCCUCUGGUUCAGUGUUAGAGGGCAGCUCCGUGACUCUGACCUGCAGCAGCAAUGCCAACCCAGCAGUGGGGCGCUACAACUGGUACAGAGUUAUUGGAGAACAGGCUUCAACAGUGGGGGCUAGCAGAAUGCUAACUGUCCAGGUACCAGCAGAUGACAGUUAUUUCUACUGUGAAACCAUCAAUGACCACGGAGCCGAGAACUCAUCUGUCAUUCAACUAGAUGGAAUAUACCCUCCCAAGAACACCUCAGUGUCAGUCAGUCUCUCUGGUCCAGUGGUAGAGGGCAGCUCUGUGACUCUGACCUGCAGCAGCAAUGCCAACCCAGCAGUGAAAAACUACACCUGGUACAAAAUCAAUGGGCCUGAGGCUGUCACUUUAGGAUCUGGAGAGAGCUUCACCUUAGACAGUAAAGCAAGUGAUAGUGGGGAGUACUGCUGUGAAGCACUGCAUGCACUUGGUACGGAAAAAGCCACCGUUGUUCAGCUGGAUAUUCAAUAUCCCCCCAAGAACACCUCAGUGUCAGUCAGUCCCUCUAGCUCAGUAGCAGAGGGCAGCUCUGUGACUCUGACAUGCAGCAGCAAUGCCAACCCAGCAGUGAAUAACUACACCUGGUACAGAGUUGAGGGAUGGGAGAAGGACCUCGUAGGGUCUGAAGAGAACCUCAGCAUCUUCAAUGUAACCAGGCUUUCAAAUGAACAGUACAACUGUGAGGCUCAGAAUGUCCAUGGACUGCAGAACUCUGAAGCCAUCAGUAUCGAUGUAACAUUUGCUUCAGAGAUCCAGAACACCUCUCGCUGCAUCAGGAUUUCAGCUACCUCUCAGAUCAGAUGUUUCUGUGAUAGCUUUGGAAACCCUGCUCCCACAGUGGUGUGGCAAUUGGCUGGAGAGUCUGUCAAUCACUCCACUAACACCAUCAUCAGGGAGGAGCCAAUGGGCCGAGCAGGCCUGAGGAGCUCUCUCACCAUCCGCCAAUCACAGGAAGAGGAAAUACCGAGUCUGGUCUGCCUCAGCUCCAACAUUGAUGGUUUUGACAGCUUCUCAUUUAACUUAACAUCAAUGAAAACAUACGAAGGUUUCCACCUAAUCUCUCUGUUGAUCGGGGCUGGUGUGGGGGCAGGAGUGAUGAUGCUCCUAUGUAUCCCACUGCUUCUCGUCUGCAUGCAUAGGAGAGCCAGGCAGUCACCAAACAAAAGCCAGGACACAGCAGAGUUCAUAGUGACUGAUGAGACCUUCUUUCAGGAAGAGGACAAUGUCUAUGCCAAUAAAGCCAUGCUGGAUGAGGCCCUCGGACCCAACAGGACAGUGGACAGGGAAAUUGACGACACAGACCUACUCCACUACGCCAACUUGAACUUCUCCAAACUCCAGGCCAAGGUGGCCAAGCAGGGGGAGGGAGAGAUCAGGGGAGUCGCCUCCAAAACGACAGAGUACGCAGUGAUCCGUCUGCACUCCACAGGUAGUAUCGAGGGAGGGGCUGGGAAGAAGGAGGCCAAUCCUGCUCUGGAGCAGGGGGAUCACGCUGAAGACCAUGGAGCUAAAGUCUUAGAAGAAACCCAGGCAGGACACGAGAGUGAUGGGGAAGAAGUUGCAAAGGAUUCUGCGCUGCCAGAGCUACAGGGUGUGACUAAUUCUGCCCUCAAUGUCCAGGAGUCUACAGAGGCCCCACUGGGACAAUCUGAGCAGCACAACACAGCAGAAACCGCUGUGGAUGAGGUGACACUGCUUUCUAAGUAGAAAGAUUCCUCUAAUGGUGAAGAGGAGGUAAGGUAUGGGAACAUACACUGCUCAAAAAAAUAAAGGGAACACUUAAACAACACAAUGUAACUCCAAGUCAAUCACACUUCUGUGAAAUCAAACUGUCCACUUAGGAAGCAACACUGAUUGACAAUCAAUUUCACAUGCUGUUGUGCAAAUGGAAUAGACAAAAGGUGGAAAUUAUAGGCAAUUAGCAAGACACCCCCAAUAAAGGAGUGAUUCUGCAGGUGGUGACCACAGACCACUUCUCAGUUCCUAUGCUUCCUGGCUGAUGUUUUGGUCACUUUUGAAUUCUGGCGGUGCUCUCACUCUAGUGGUAGCAUGAGACGGAGUCUACAACCCACACAAGUGGCUCAGGUAGUGCAGCUCAUCCAGGAUGGCACAUCAAUGCGAGCUGUGGCAAGAAGGUUUGCUGUGUCUGUCAGCGUAGUGUCCAGAGCAUGGAGGCGCUACCAGGAGACAGGCCAGUACAUCAGGAGACGUGGAGGAGGCCGUAGGAGGGCAACAACCCAGCAGCA